UGUUUGUACAAAAAAAAAAAAAAAAAUCAGUUGAAGCGAAGAGGAAUCCGAUUCCAUUCCAUUCUCUCCUCCACGGAAUCCGAUUCCAUUCUCUUUCCAAUCGGAGUCUAAUCUUUGAAUUCGAUUCUAUAUGUACAGAGAAAAAUUUGACUGAGUUUGAGAGAGAAAUCACUGUUCGCAAUUCGGAAAGCUUGGAAUUUUGAAUUCGGAGAAUGAAAUUGUUGUGACCAAGUAGUUGGAUUAGGGAGAAUCUUCCAACAUGAUUGUGUUCUGUUUGGGGAUUGUGUUUGGGGCUUUGGUGGUUGUAGCAGUGGAAGCUUAUCUUGUUUAUGUAGUCCUCAAUCGAUUGAGCCGCAAAAUCAAGCCCAAAGAUCAGCCCGUACACCUCGACCACAAUCAAUCCCUUGAUUUCUCCAACAACAAACAGGGAGUAGUUUGGGUCCUGGAAUCGAAUAAGGUUGCAAAAGAUUUGAUAGAGCAGAAGCGGAAAAAAGAAUUUAUUGAGGUCUGUCCAGUUAAAAAACAAGCGAAAAUCAAGGACACUUCUCUUGUACUGACAGAUUCAGAUGGUUCUUCAAAGAGUAGAACUGUUAAUUUGAAAGGCUGCACUAUUGAAGCCGUUUCUGCUUCAAAUCUACCUUCAAGAAAAUGGGCCAAACGAUUUCCCGUCAAAUUGGAAAACAAGGAGACUGCAAUUUACAAGGAUAGUAAAAUCCUUUACAUUUACCUUGAAACAUCCUGGGAAAAAGAAUCAUGGUGUAGAGCUCUUCGUCUGGCAUCAUGUGAUGAUAAAAGUAAAAUUGAUGGAUUUGUCAAGUUGCAGAAAGAGUUCCGCAAUUAUCUGAGUUCCUUAAAUGCUGGAUAUCCUUCAUUCAUGAAACCAUCAGCAGGGUUCUAUGCUGCUGAUAUAGUGGACAGGACACCUAAGACUGAAGGUCCAUCGUCGAAGGUUCGCAUGUUAUGGAAGAAGUUUGCAAAAAAGACGUCUAAGGGUGGUGUAGAAAAUAAGUCAAAUUGGGAUAAAUUUCAUUCAAACCAGGAUUCAGUUCUGGGCACUAGCUUCUUAAAGAAUGCUGCUCCGGUUGACACAGCUAAGCAUUCCAUGGAAGAUAUUUCUCGUGCAUCAUCAACAUUGACUCAUUCCAGUAGCCAAAAUCAAAUUUCUGGUGUCUCUGAAGCAGACUCUGAUGAAAGAUUUUGUAUAGAUGAGGGAACUCUCUGUUGGAAUUUGUUAAUCUCACGGCUCUUUUUUGAUGCCACAAAAAAUGAAGCAAUGAAUAAAUCCCUGCAUGCACGUAUUCAGAGGACAUUGUCUAAUAUGCGGACACCCAGUUACAUUGGUGAAGUCAUCUGUACCUAUGUUAAUCCUGGGAAUAUCCCACCUUAUAUUCAUGGUAUGAGGGUUCUUCCCACGGUGAUGAGUGAGGUGUGGGCCUUUGAAGUCGACGUUGAAUAUGCCGGUGGUGCAAUAUUAGGCAUUGAAACAAGACUCGAAGUUCGUGAACUAGAUCCCGAAAAGAGCACGGUGGAUGCAAAUUCUGUUGAUGAUGUAUCAUCAGAUCUUCUUGAAGGAUUUGAGUAUUAUGGAAAGCAGUUAAAUCUCGAUAAAGGGACUGUUGAUGCUGUAGAGAAUAAGGAGGAGAGUGAUCCUAAACCAGAUAGAUUAAAAAGCUCUAAAAGUUCUCUUUCAGCUACAAGUUACGGGUCCAGGUGGAAGUCUAUUGUAAAUUCUAUUGCUAAACAGGUUUCUCAGGUGCCCAUAUCUUUGGCAAUAAGGGUAACAUCCCUUCGAGGAACACUGCGGGUACAUAUAAAGCCACCACCUUCGGAUCAAUUGUGGUUCGGGUUUACAUCCAUGCCUGAAAUCGAUUUUAACUUGGACUCAUCUGUCGGGGAUCACAAAAUUUCAAAUGGGCAUAUUGCUUUGUUCCUAAUCAGCCGACUUAAGGGAUCAAUCCAUGAUACUCUAGUGCUGCCAAACUGUGAAAGUGUAUGUAUUCCUUGGAUGAUGGCAGAUAAGGAUGAUUGGGUUCCAAGAAAGGUAUCUCCUUUCGUAUGGCUUAAUCAAGAAUCUGGAAACGAUUCUGCUACUGCUUCUGAUGUACUUAGAGAUCAAUGCUCUGAAGAAAAACCCAAGACAGACCCUAAUCAGGGACCAUCCAAGGGCCAAUCUCAGGGCAAUCAUCAAACUCCAAAGACUACUGAGCGUGUUAAACAUGCCAGUGAAUCAUUAGACAUGAUACCACAUCCAUCGACUUCCACUGAUCCGUCUAAUAGGACUGUGAAUGAGUUGACAACCCCGUUGUUGGGGAAUGAUGAUGCAAAUGGAACCGAGAAAGGCUCUGAUUCUCAAUUUUCUUCCAGGUCUGUGAGCGUGUCUUCCAUGGACGAGGAUGACUCGAGGCCGAAGAGGUUCGGAAGAAGAACGAGGAUGCUUGAUCUCGGUAAGAAGAUGGGAGAAAAAUUGGAAGAAAAGAGGCGGCAUUUAGAAGAAAAGAGUAAGCAAAUUGUUGAGAAAAUGAGAGGAACAUGAAACCUGAAAAGAAAGGUCUAUUGUUGUUUUCAACUAAGUUGGAUCACAACCACACUACUUAUUAGUUUGAAUUGUUUGUAGAUUUUUUCAUUUGCGUAUAGUCCCAUGAGCAUAGAAGUUUUCUUCUUUGCUUGUAGAUUAGCUAUUUUUGCACAAUGAUGCUGUGCAAGUUUUUCUCUUUUACUAAUCUCUUCUAUAAGAAUAUUACAGACAUAAAUAGUAUAGCAUAAAUUUUGUAAGUGAUCGCAUCAAAUAACUUUAUUAUUCUUCAGUGAUA